CCAUUUUCCAAGCCUUUUUGCCCCUUGGCGCCACACUUUCUGCUGCCGUUCCUUUUCUUUAUCCUUCAAGAAUAAAUCACUAACUCAUGUACAAGGCACUACAUUGGACUGGAAAGCAGUUGGACGCGCCAAAUAUGGGGUACGUCCCCAACAUCGAAGCCGCAUAUAACGAACUCUCGGAUGAUGAUAAGAAAAAAUUCGAUGCACUCUACGAAGAGCUUUUCAGAGCUAGAUUUAUGAAUCCUGAAAGGCUCAAAGCCGAGCAAUGUGGUCAGAAUGGUGCUAAAGGCACGGCCACUAUCCGUCGCCACACCGCGGAAUUCCAUUGGAGUGAGAACAUUAUCAAAAUAACAUUCAUUGUAUUAGCAUUUUAUUCAGCGCACACCAUUGCAAAAGGAGAUGGUAUAUACUUUCUGUUUACUCUUUAUUUUUUGCUAUACACGUUUGGCAAGGUAUUUGAGUAGAUUAACACUAAUGUACAAAGGGGGUUUAAAUAAAAGAUUUCAUUUGGAGUUCAUGCCAGUCAACCACAGGAUGCCAUUGACUCCUUUCAUCAUAUAUUUUCCAAAGGUAAACUUCCAUCCGAUCUGAUGAUUACGCCACGACAUGAUGAGUGAUUCCUUGACUUCUUUCGAUC